AGUGAGCCCGCGGGAUUCAGAAAUGUGGCGGGUCGUUUGGUUUCGUUGUUAACAUCAAACCGAGGAGAGAAGCUUUUAUAUAUCCCAUUUGGCUAACAAAUCCCUUCAGAAUAUGGUUGAAGGGCCGGGUUGCACGCUGAACGGAGAGAAGAUUCGUUCUAGGGUCCAGCAAGGACAGAAAGUUAAAGAAUUCCGAAGUCCGACGACGACACAGUCAACAACGUAUUUGCAGAGAAAUGACCCAAAUAAAGGCUCGUUCCAGAUCUUCACUGGGUGUCAAUACACUGGAGCUGCUACCCUGGGAAAGGAACUUUUCUUAUACUUCGGCCAAAGAGCGUUGAGAGUUCACUUUGGUAUGAAUGGUUCAAUGCGUAUAAACCCUGCCAAGACUCCGGGCAGGAAAAGCCCUAGUCCGAUCCUGGAGAUCCACCUCACCAGAGACGUAAUCUGCUUCUUCGACUCCACAGUUGAAAUCAGGCUGGCGGAGGACUGUGAGCACAGAAUCCGGGCCAUGCACAGCCUGGAUGUGUGCUCUCCCCAGUUCAGUUCCUCCCGUGCAGAGGAGGUGGUUCGAGGACAGAGAGACAGGAUGCUCUGUGAUGUGCUGCUGGACCAGACUAUACUUCCUGGGGUGGGGAACAUCAUUAAAAACGAGGCCUUGUUUGACUCAGGCCUCCACCCUGCGGUUAAGAUUAACCAGCUGACGGAUGAACAGGUCCACCACAUAGUGAAGAUGACACGUGACUUCACCCUCCUGUUCUACAAGUGCCGCAAAUCGGGCUCUCCUCUGCACAAACACUACAAAGUCUACAAGCGUCCCCACUGUGGCCAGUGCCGUAACGCCAUCACCGUCUGUCGCCUUGGCGACAACGGCAGGAUGACGUACUUCUGUUCGCGCUGUCAGAGCGCCGACCCAGGAGAGGUUGACUUGAGCAAACUUCCCGCAAGGAACAGCUUACUGGACUGGGCUUACCGAGCGUCUGUGGAACCCAGCGACGACGUGGCCAGGAGAGAGGAGGAGGAGUGGGCCUGUGAGCUGUGCACCCUGGUGAACCAGCCAGCGGUGAGAACCUGUGAGGCCUGCCUCACUCCCAGGACUCAGGUCCCUACAGACGAGCCCAGCGUUGAGAAGGCUUUGUUCACCAGAGAUUUAAUCAAGUACCCUUGCAAUGCCUUUUCAAAACCACGAGAGGAGCUCAAAGUCAACCGCAAGGCUGCGUUUGGAAGCACCACCCUUGUUUUUACCGACUUGUCGAAAAAGCCAAACCAAGCGAACUCUCCUUUUUCCCUAGCCAGCAGUCAUCUGAAUUCCUUGGCGGGGGAGAGAGGUUUAAAUAAACAGAACGUCUGCCAAGGGACAACAAGUCCCAAUUAUGCCUCUGGUGGCUGGCAGAAUAAAAGCACAGAGCUCUCCAAAAGGGAAUCGUUGGCCUCCUCCAGUCAACCAUCUAAGAAAAUGAGAAUUGAUCACAGUCCUUUUCCUGGUAGCAAAGCUCACAAUGGAGCCCUCCUUGUGAGCUCCUCCCAAACCAAAGCACCAAAUGAGGAAACACAGGGCGUUCCCACAAUCCCCUGCUGUACGUCCCAUCGGUGUCCCAGUGUACUCCGCGUGGUCAACAAGGAAGGAGAGAACAAGGGCCGACAGUUUUACAACUGCUCGUUCCCCAGAGACAAACGCUGUAAUUUCUUUGAGUGGGCUGAUUUACAUUUCCCCCUCUGUAACCAUGGGAAACGCUGUCUCAGGAGAACCGUGCUCAAGCUGGGGCCGAAUAAUGGACGAAACUUCUACGUCUGCAGUUUCCUGAUGGGCAAGCAGUGUGACUACUUCCAGUGGGCAUGAAAUGGGCUAAGAACCCUAAACAGGAAUUGCCAUCCCUCCUUGCUGCUGAAACAAGUAGCUAACUUUAAGAGAUUAAGAAGAUCAUUCAAGCGGAAGGGUUACAAGUUUUAUGUUUCCUUGUGGUAAGAGCUGACGGGUCGAUGCAAUUAAUAUAUUUUCGUUUGCUUAUUCAUGUUGCAUUGAUCAUGUCUUGGAAUUAGUUAUGUCUGGUGUGCCUUACAGCAUAUUUAUCUCUGUCGAACAGUCUUGAAUAAAAAAUACAUUUUACAUUGACAGAAAUCUCGUUAUGCAAGCUUUUUCUUGCACUAUUAAGGAAGGCCACAUUUCAGUAGUUUGAAUGAAAUAAUGUAUACCAUUUUAGCUGUGAGUCCAUUCAAAUGUCAUAAUACUAUCAAACAGAUUUAUUCAGUUUAAUUGUAGAUCACAACUUUUAAUCACUUUUUUCUAAAUCUCUAGAUGGAAAACCUUCAGGAUAGCUGUCAAAAGAUCAAGUCUGAUGAUUCUUAAAUUUUCCAAUUAACAUAAUUGAUAGUAGAAAGUAGCAUUAAACCCAACAUAUAAAAAAAA